UCAUUAUAAAAUCCUUGACCUGAUCUCUUGUGUUAUUUGGUCCACUUGCAUUAAUCAGGCAUGGCUUUCUGUUUGCUUCUGUGUAUAGCAAUUUUGGUAAUCACAGUAUUGAGUGCAGCAGCGCAGACGCCAUUGAACUGCAACCUGGGCACCAAACCUUGCAAGGAUGGAUCUGAGUGUUUACUCCACCAACACGUGUGCGACGGAGAAGCCGACUGUAGGGAUGGUUCUGAUGAGGAGGACUGCACUGUUGCAUGCAAUAAUGGCCAGUUUCUGUGUGCCCAUGGGAAGAAAUGCAUUGACCAGUGGCAGGUGUGUGAUGGUGUGGCCCAGUGUCAGGACCGCUCUGAUGAGUUGGACUGCAUGAAUCCCAUGGAGGGCUGUGUUCACCCCUGUGACAACAAGACCCGCUGCCUCCCAGACACCUUCCUCUGUGAUGGAGAGAGGGACUGCCUGGACGGCACUGACGAGGCCAACUGCGAUUCAGACUCCACUGAUUAUCUUAAAAAUCAUCACAAUGUUGCUGAGGAUGGCAACAAUGGGAAUACCACCAUGUCUGCACCAGCACCCCUCAAGUGUCCCUUUGGCACUAAACCAUGCCGGGACAGGAUUGAUUGUGUUCUUUACAACCAUGUAUGCGAUGGAGAGGCGGACUGUAAGGAUGGCUCGGAUGAGGAAGAGUGUAUAUUAGAAUGUGAACGUGGCCAGUUUCAGUGUGCACAUGGGAAGAAAUGCAUUGACCAGCGGCAGGUGUGUGACGGUGUGGCCCAGUGUCAGGACCGCUCUGAUGAGAUGGCCUGCCUGAAGCCCAUGGAGGGCUGUACUCACCACUGUGACAAGACCCGCUGCCUCCCAGACACCUUCCUCUGUGAUGGAGAGAGGGACUGCCUGGAUGGCACUGAUGAGGCCAACUGUGCUGAUGAGAGCUGCAAUAGUGGUGAGUUCCGUUGCACCAGUGGUCAGUGUUUAUCCGUAAGCAUGCGCUGUGACGGGCAUCCUGACUGUCGGGAUCGGUCUGACGAGGAGAGCUGCACCAAGCCCCCUCAGUGCACCACCAAGCUCCGGUGCCCACAAAGCCAGGAGUGCCUGCUGGAGGAGUGGGUCUGUGAUGGAGAGCAGGACUGUAAUGAUGGCUCUGAUGAAAAGAAUUGCAAGGUGGUCCAAUUGAAGUGUGGUGAUUUCCAGUGGGCCUGUACAUCUAAGAGCCAGUGUGUGCCCAAAUCAUGGAGAUGUGAUGGAACAAAGGACUGUGCUGAUGAAAGUGAUGAGGCAGGAUGUGGUCAGGUAGCAACAUGCCCCUCUCACCAGUUCCAGUGUGGUAGUACGUGGCAGUGUUUGGACACAGCCCUGGUGUGUAACAAGGUCAGAAACUGUGCUGAUGGUUCUGACGAGGGUGGCAACUGCCAAGCCAAGUGUCCAGACAAAGCCCAAUGUGCCCAUAACUGUUACAGCACACCACAGGGAACAAGGUGUGGCUGUAAGGCUGGUUAUCGACUCCAAGAGGAUGCAGUGUCCUGUGUUGAUAUUGAUGAGUGUCAAGGUGGUAGACCAGGUGUUUGCAGCCACCUAUGCGUCAAUGCCCAGGGCUCCUUCCAGUGUCACUGCAACCUUGGUUACCUGCUGGAAUCUGAUGGCCGCCGCUGCAAGAUCGCAGGUGAGCCCUACCUACUGGCCUCUGUGCAGACUGAGCUAUUCCUGUUUGGGCUGAGAAGCAGCAGUCUGGAUGUCCUGGUGUCCUCUGCUAAGAAAGCCAUUCUGUCCCUGGACUAUGACUGGAGGGAUCAGAAAGUGUUCUGGGUCAGCCUGGAUUCAGAGAGCAUCAAGUGGUCCUCUCUAGACCAGAAAAAGAGAGGAACUCUUGUCAAAGGCAUCAAAUCUGAUUGCAUUGCUGUUGACUGGGUAGGAAGAAACCUGUACUGGAUUGACGGCAUUGGAGGUGGUCGAAUUAUUGCUGUUGGAUUAAACUCAACCAUCACAAACUCUCUGGAUCACACAGUCAUCCUCGAUGAGGACUUCGAACAACCUCGCUCUCUGGCACUCCUGCCACAGAAGGGGAUCAUGUUCUGGUCAGAGAUUGGUAACGAGGCGAAGAUUGAGCGGGCGGGAAUGGACGGGUCUGAGAGGAGAGUAGUGGUCAGUCACAGCCUCAGCUGGCCAGGCGGUCUGGCUGUGGACACACUAGGGGAGAGGAUCUACUGGACGGACGAGAAGCUCCGGUGCAUCGGCUCAGCCAACCUGGAUGGCGGGGACAUUGAGCUUCUGCAGAUGAUGGAGACCACCAACCCGUUCUCUGUCACAGUUUACAAUGACCUGCUCUGCUGGUCAGACACCAGGAGGAGAACUAUUCAAAGGGCUCAUAAAAUCACUGGAAAGAACCGCAAAGUGCUACUCAAACGACCUGGACAACCUUUUGGGCUGAAGAUCAUUCAUCCACUUCUGCAGACAAGCACUGAGAGUCCCUGUGAGAACCUUCGUUGCUCUCACCUGUGUGUGUUGGGCCCGGGCCCCAAAGGGGUCUGCAAGUGUCCCUCUGGUCUGCUCCUAGCUGAGGAAGGCCUCACCUGCUCCAACCUGAUUAACUCUGCCUUCCUCUUGGUGCUCUCGCCAACUGUUGUCACACAGAUCUACCUGCAGACCAUGCACAGUGCUGUGGGUCUGAAGAGCUGGCCGGAGCACCUCGCUCUACCUCUCCCCAAUGUCAACGAGGCAGCGAUGUUGGAUUACACCCUGAAAGAUCAGACUCUGUACCUAGCUGACUCCGGCCAAUCGUCUGUAGUCCUCUUCAAGCUGAAGGAGACAGGCUUGGUGCCUCGCGGCCAGUUCCUGCAACUCAAAGGGGACACAGUUACAGCCCUGGCUCUAGACUGGAUAACCCUCAGCGUAUACUGGAGUAGCACCAAGCAGCCACGGCUGCAGGUCACCUCUUCCAGUGGGGAACACACUGCUGUGUUAAUUCAGGAUAUUGGAAGUCUGGAGUCCAUAGCGCUUCACCCACUCAGUGGAAGACUCUGUUUUACCAACCUGGCCAAGCAGGGGGAAGGCGCUCAGGUGGAGUGUGCUCACAUGGAUGGGGUGAAGCGUGCUCCGGUGUGGAAGGAUGCUCUUCAGCCCACCUCCCUGACUUUCUCCAACAAGGGCAAUGAGAUCUACUGGGCUGACAUCGGUUAUGGGGUGAUUGGCUCUGUCAGAGUUGAUGGUACUGGAUACAAGGAGUUUAAGACUGGGGAUGGCCUGACUGCAUUUGCACUCAACAACGGCAUGCUCCUCUGGGUGACAGACAGUGACACAACCAAAGUUUGGUAUAGAGAUGAUCUACUGACUGAGAAGCUUUGGUUUGAGGUAAACACUGAAGUUGUCAGUUUGAAGGCGUACAGCAAGUCCAGCCAGAUGGGCUCCAACCUCUGCUCAGAUGGGAAUGGAGAUUGCAGUCACUUGUGUCUGGCUCGUCCUGGUGGUAGGACCUGUAGGUGUGCCCAUGACCAUUGGCCAGUCAAUGCAACACACUGCGCCGCAGACCAGCACUGCCCAGCUGGAAGUAGACCCUGUCUGGACGGGCACACAUGCUUCCCCCUGGAGAAGUUCUGUGACGGACAUCCUGACUGCUCUGACACUUCAGAUGAGAACUGUGUCUAUCUCAAAGGGAAGUCUGUCAAGGCCAAAGCCCCAACCCAGCCUCCCAGUCCCAGCUUUCCUAUAUCUGCAGAUCCUGGCUCCACCUCUCUGGACAACAGUUGGCUGGUGAGAAACCUCGAUGCCCAGCAGUGUAGUGAAAAGCGCUGCAAUGGGAAUGGGGAGUGUGUGGAAACGAAUGGGGGCAUCUCCUGUGCCUGUGGUUUAGGCUACAGUGGAGACUCCUGCCAAGACCAGCUCACCAAGACUAUGCAAGGCCCACUCAUCUAUGGGGCCGUAGGCCUCUGUGCUGGGAUUGUUGUUAUCAGUGUCCUCGCUGCGGUGGUUAAGAGGAAGACUGCAAACACAAGGAGAGCCAACCCUGUGGCAAAGCAGACUAGUAUGACUGAGCUGGAGAAACAUGAAGAAGCUCCCUCUACACAACCUUCACCCAACAGUGACUUUGCAGAGGAACUGGUGUCGUCUGUGGAUUAACUAAUUUAUCAGCAGCCUCUUUCUAUUCAUAUGUAAUUUGUUAAUGACUGGGAAGUUUCAGGCUGGGGAAAAUGGUGCUAAGCACAGGCAACAUCCUAUGGGGAACACCUAGUCUGCUUUCCACCAGACCAUGGGAGAUGACCAAAAACGAGGCCAAAUCUGAGUUGCUUACCAAGACUGUUCCUGAGUGGCAGAGUGAACUUAACGCAGGACCUGAAAAUGGUUCUCUUGCAAUGAUCAACCUGUGACGGUGCUUGAAUGGGCAAAAGUUGCACAAUCAAGGUGUGGAAGCUCUUAGAAGUACCUAGAAUGAUUCGCAGCUGUAAUCGCCUACAAAGUAUUGACUGAAUAUUUAUGCAAAUGUGCUCUAAAUUUCUCACUUUCAUCAGGUGUAUAGAUGGGUGAGAAUCCAUUUUGAGUAAGGGCUGUAACGUUACAAAAUGUAGAAUAAGUCAAGGGGUAUACAUUUUUCUUGCGUCGUACCGGUGGUAUAUUGACAAACACGGCUGAAAUGCUGUUUCAGCUAAUCUGCAUCCAGGACCCAAACUACUUGGUUUAAAAUUAUAUUUUGGAAUUACUUUUAAAGGCUUAUGAUUCUGAAAUUAGUUUGUAGCCUUGAGCGACAUGGUGGUCUUUUCUAUUUAAUGUGCCAAUCGAUGCUUCAGUUACUGAUUUCUCAUCUAGUCUCUGGAUUUGGUAACCACAUAUUGAAAUUGAACAUUCCUGUGGUGAAAUAUGAUUUUAUCUACAGUGCAUUCGGAAAGUAUGCAGACCCCUUGACUUUUUCCACAUGUUACGUUACAGCCU